AUGGCGGAAGACGAUGAUGGUGUUUCGGAUAAAAAAUCAUCUCAAAAUUCAAAUAAUGCAGGCUAUCCUGAAGAGAAUCAGCAAAAUUCAACAAAGCCUGAUCUAGGUAUAGAAGAAGCUAAGUAUGACAGCAAAGAAAAUGGUCAUACUUCAGCAACAGAGCCUACUAGCUCGACGUCAAAGUCAACGGGAACAAUGCGUAAAGAUGAUAAUCCUUUUUCAUUUCGACAUUUCCUGAAGCGCGACUUAUCCUUACCAGGGAAUUCUACGUACGAGAACACCGGUGCUAGGCCAAAGGUUUACGCGAAUACAGUGCAGCAUUCUCCUACGAGAAUAGAUAAAUUGGAUAUUCAUAAUGAAUCGAGGCGGGAGAAAAAUCGUUUCAACGAUAUCAAAGCCAAAGAAAAUAAAACUGACAGUGUUUUACAUCGCAAUAGUGACGAUGCUUCAUCAAGUAGUUCAGUAGAAAUUCCUUUUAGUGUAGUCGAAGAAUCUGAAUCUAAGCAUAACUUCUAUGCAGAUCAUACGGAUGUACCAUUUUUCCACCGGCCAAACCUGGCAUCAGAGCCUCUAGGCAUGCCUUCUCUUCCUGACUUUGUUCAAGACCAUAUUUUGGUGGAACAGGCUUAUUUAAAUUCAAACGGUCCUAUAUCAGUAGAUCUCGAUAAUUUACCCGAUUUUACAUACACUAAUUCUAAUUAUAGUGCUGGUUCCUCAUCUUCUCUAGGUAGAAGAAAUAAGAAUAGUUAUGGUAACAGAAAUUACGACUAUGACUCUUAUUUGGGUGCUCCAUCAACCUCUGCUGAUCCAGCAAUACGGAAUGUUCCAUUGGAUCUCCCUGGAGGGGCUGAGGCAGCUCCUCCAUUAGACCUAGUGCACCUUAACUUGGAUUUAACUGAGUCAGUUAAUCCAGCAGACAGAAGAAAUGUCUCGCCAAGAAACAACUUUCCUCUUGAUCUCCCUCCUAAUGCUGGAGCUGAUUCAAUGCGGUUGCCAGAUUUCUUACCAAUACACCCUGGCAGAACAUCACCUGAACCUCAACCACAGAACGAUCAGUUGCAGCAUAUUGUUGAGUUAGAAAGGACCAGAUGGGAUGAGUUUUAUCUGAGUCGAGCCACUGAAGGAGAAUCAAUGAUUACCAAAUUGAAGAAUGAAAUCAAAAGACUAAAGGAGGAAUUAUCUUCGUCCCAAGAAGAGGUCCGUUCCCUCCGCAAUGUUCAAAGCAACGCGGCCGUCGACCUGAGGCAUGCUACCACCGUCGCUGAGACAUCACUACGGGAAUUAUUAUCUGGAUUGGAGCGACUUCGUUCGCUCAGUUCCACUUUGGACCCGACUUGA